GUAUUUUGAUUCAUACAAACAUGAAGACAGAAGCAAAGAGGUUAAAUUAUGUAAACAUUUGCUUAAGGUAUCAAAUUUCACGUUAUUCAAGCUAUUUCUUUGAUACUGACUGCACGCCAUAUAGUUUCAAAUUACAGAAAGGUUGUCGUUGAAACAUGCUUAUUUUAUCGUUAUCACGGAUGUUUUGGAUGAAUUACAUCGGUUCCUCGUGCUCACUUCAAUCAUUUGGAUAAAAUGUUUGCGACUGAUGAACUGCAUACUUGGUCGGAAAUGAGGUGGACGUGGUCUCGGCUACCUACCCUGGCUGUGGUACUGCUUGCAUGUGUGGUGCUGCGCAUGUCCAUCCGUCUGUCAACCGACCACCAGCCGGCCUCCAUGUUAAACCAGAGGUGGUUUGAAAGUCUCCGUCACUUGUCCGCGAAUACAACUCGUACAGAUCAACAAACUGCGAAAGACAUUGAAAAUGGUAGAAAAUUUCCUAAAGUACUCCGUACAGCUGGGCGACGAGUAUUUGAAGAUAAUUGUGAAGCUGUCCUAAGGGGCGAUCUUGAAGAGAUUACAAGAGGCAGGGAACUUAUGGAGAAAAACGGGUUCGUGCGUGGAAGCAAUAUAUCAGAGACUUCAUAUACCAAACUAACGAUGGACUGUGAUAAGUUCAAAGAUGACCAAGGUUACAGAGGCUAUAUUCUCUCAGCGGAAGAGGAAAAGUUUCCAGUGGCAUACAGCAUAUUGCUUUACAAAGAGGUAGAACAAGCAGAACGGCUAAUGCGUGCUCUCUACACGCCACGGAACGUGUUCUGUCUGCACGUGGACAUGGAUGCGCGGCCGGAGGUUCACCAGGCCGUCCAGGGCAUAGCUGACUGCUUCCCAAACGUGUUUGUAGUUUCCCGGAAGGAAUACGUGGUAUACGCCGGCUUCACCCGCCUCCAAGCGGAUAUCAACUGUAUGCAGGAUUUCAUGCAGUGGAACAAGGAUUGGCAAUAUUUUAUUAACGUUCCUAGUCAGCAGUUCCCGAUCAAAACGAACAAAGAAAUAGUGCAAAUUUUACAAAUAUACAACGGUUCUAAUGAUAUAGAAGGUCUUACAGGCAAUAGACGACUAGAGCAUAGAUUCAAAUUUAGAUACAUUUAUAAGCGAGUUACAAAGAACCAAAUAAAACCGAACAUAUAUAAGACAAACUACCAGCUGGUGGAUCCACCGUCAAAUGUGACGAUUGUCAAGGGAAGCGCAUACGGCGUGUUCAGCCGGGCGUUUGUGGAAUGGAUGCUCCAUAGCAAGGCGGCUCGAGAGCUACUGGAGUGGAUGAGAGACGUGCACUGCCCGGACGAGUACUACUGGGCAACUCUGCAGUACAACCAGAACCUCCAGGCUCCGGGCUCGCACUACUCAGGUAGGCCUGAUGAUAAGCCUUGGUUGGCUGUACAUGCAGCUUGGGGCGGAGUGGACCCGUGUAAAGGUAAAUAUGUGCGAGGCGUGUGCGUGUUUGGGCUCGGGGACCUCGCGGCGGUCGUGCACAAGACGCACUUGUUCGUCAACAAGUUUUAUUUGGAGUACCAGCCACUUGCUCUCGAGUGCCUGGAGGAGUGGCUUCACAAUCGGACUGCGGAACCAGCCCACCAACCGCUCAACCUUACAUACUACCGCAAACUACCAUUCAUCAACACCGGCCGCGCAUCUUGAUGUUCCCUGUUUGUGUGUAUGGAAUAUCAAAUAAUAUAUAUUUACAGCGGUUACUGAGAGGAGCACAUGUAGACCGGCGCUCCCGGUAACCGACUUUAAAUUGGGCAAUUCCAUUGAUGAAAAGCUCAUAUUUGUGGUAAUUAGUAGUAAGCGAUAACUACACUUGUUCUGUAGUUCAGUAUGGGGAAGAUUAUCUCCCAUGGCAUGAUAAUGUCUGUAGCUUUUCGCAUAAAUAUUCUUGUUUGUAAUAAUCUCAUCUAUACCCAAGAAUAUUUACACUUGUUGUUGUAUAUGAUCCGGUGAAAUGUUCAUCACUACCAAGAUCUUUGUGAAUACUAAAAAAUGUAAAAGUUGGUAAAUACCUUUUCGUUUUGCUUUCGCAAAUUAUAUAGUAUUGUUUUUAUUCUAGCAAUAAUAUACGCAACAUGCUCCACUUUGUAAUGACCUUUAAAGCAAA